GCAAGGGACACUCUCGAACUUAUCUUAAGGCGCAAAUAGUAAUCAUGUCUGGCAGAGGAAAAGGCGGUAAGGGACUGGGGAAAGGAGGCGCUAAGCGUCACCGUAAGGUUCUCCGUGACAACAUCCAGGGUAUUACUAAGCCUGCAAUCCGUCGUCUGGCUCGCCGUGGCGGUGUGAAGCGUAUUUCUGGUCUGAUCUACGAAGAAACUCGUGGUGUUCUCAAGGUGUUCUUGGAGAACGUUAUCCGCGACGCUGUUACUUACACCGAGCACGCUAAGAGGAAGACCGUCACCGCCAUGGAUGUGGUCUAUGCUCUCAAGAGACAAGGACGUACUCUGUACGGCUUCGGCGGUUAAGAACUCAUUUUGACCCAUCAACAAAGGCCCUUUUAAGGGCCACACAAUUUAUCUAUAGAGCUAUCCUCUGAUGAUACUGUAGCAGUUCCAUAUCUUAAUAUGGGCCUAUUACCCCAGAAUGUCUUUCAACGUUUGAAACAAUUCAUUUUGGUCAGCUACACAGAAAAUGUCAUGAAAGCCUGUGUUGUUCACUUGUUUGGACGUGUAGCCACGAAAAUUUUUGUACAGCAUCAUAUAAGCAAAGGAAAGGUUUCACACCAGUGUGGCUGCACAGCAUGCUUUAUUUUUUUUCUCUCUCUCUCUCCUCCCCACUCUGACAGCAUAUCCGGACAUUGGUAUCACCGAUUUGUCUUUAACCUUCAGAUUUUCAUCACUAUCAUCACCAGUGAGUGUAUGGUGAGUCUGACGUGGCAUCUGAUGGCCAUCUGUUUCUGAUCUGUUCUGCUGCCGCCCGGAAGCUCCGCCCAUCUGCUGUACCCACUCGGCCGUUCAUUUUCAUUCAAGCUCAAUACGUCUGACGUCUAAAAUGUACUUGAUAGCCGUUGUUGUCGUGUCCUUUUAAAAAUGUCAAAAUAAUA